UAUAACAAAUAUUUUCAGUCAUAGAGCCUCGGUUCUAUACAAUAUUUGAGAUUUGCAGAAGUAAAUGGUCUGGUCUGAUUGUAUACAAUCCCUAUAUAUAUCAUCAUUCCAUGUGUGGCCUCAUCAAUCUCGCUGUGGAAUGUGCCUGCACUCCUUUAAGAUGAGCGAAAGCAUAGUUCUCUAUCCUUCUCCCGGCAUGGGGCACUUGGUUUCCAUGAUGGAACUCGGGAAGCUCAUCCUCCACCACUACCCAACCUUUUCAAUCCAUGUCCUCACCUUUAACCCCCCCUUCCACACUGGCGCCACUGCACCUUACAUGAGCCGUAUAGCUGCUGAAUAUCCCGCCAUCAGCUUCCACGAGCUCUCGCUACCACCCAACCAGUGCGCCACUUUCAUGGACUGGUUCCUCGUCCUCAAGCCCCUCGUCCGUGAAGCUCUCGAGUCCUUCUCUCGAAGAACUCCUGUACGAGCCUUCAUCAUGGACUUUUUUUGCACCUCUGUUCUUGAGGAUGCAGAGGAGCUGUGCAUCCCAGCAUACUUCUUCUUCACUUCUGCCGCCGCCUUCCUUGUGCUAUUCCUCUACUUCCCGGAGCUUCACAAGCAAAAUCCUGGGACGUUAAAGGACCUGGAUCGGGACCUUUUCAUCCCAGGCUUACCCCCUAUGCCUCUAUCAGUAUUUCCUGAUUCGAUGCAGGAUCGCAGCCAAAAGCUCUAUCAGUGGUGCCUCCACCACGCAUCUCGGCUUCCACGAGGGCGAGGGAUCAUCAUCAACUCUUUUCAUGACCUUGAGCCACUCGGGAUGCGUGCCCUGGCCUUCGAGGAAUGCGCACCUGGUGUCCCAAUGCCCCUGACUUACUGUGUUGGACCUCUCAUUGCCGCCGGUGAUUCUAGAAACCCUAGUGAGUCACUCAGCUGGCUCGACACACAGCCUGCAGGCACUGUGGUGUUCCUCUGCUUCGGCAGCAUGGGGAGGCUCUCAGCUGCACAAUUAAACGAGAUUGCGGUGGCACUCGAGAGAAGCGAGCAUCGGUUUCUAUGGGUGGUGCGAAGCCCACCUGCAGAGGGUGAGGAGAUGGGCAAGAGGCCACCCGAGCCGGACCUCGAGGCACUACUGCCAGAGGGGUUCCUGAAACGGACAGCAGGAAAGGGCCUGGUGGUGAAGACAUGGGCUCCGCAGGUGGCGGUGCUGAACCACAUGGCCGUCGGAGGAUUUGUGACGCACUGCGGGUGGAACUCUUUGCUGGAGAGUGUCUGUGCAGGGGUACCAAUGGCAGCAUGGCCCCUCUACGCGGAACAACAUGUGAACGCAUGGCUGAUGGUUGGGGAGAGGGAGAUGGGGGUGGCGGUGGGUGCAGUGGAGAGAGGCGAGGACGGGGUGGUGGGGGCGGAGGCGGUGGCCCGGUUGGUGAGAGAGCUGAUGGACUCAUCACGGAGUAUGAGGGUCAGAGAGCGGGUGGCUAAGCUCAAAGAGAGGGCGGUCGCCGCCCUAGCCGAGGGCGGAACGUCUGUCACCAGCUUGGCAGAGCUAGUCAACGCAUGGCUUGAGGGGCCACCACCACCACCACCACCACCACGCUGAUGUCACAUUUGGAAAGAAGCUUGUGGAAUUAUCCGCGAAAGGAUAAUAUUGGUGCGUUGCGAUUUGUAAACAAGUUGAUAAUGUAGAAUUCUCUGACCCAAAGGAGAAUAUUAAAAAAAAGCAAUAUGUGGUCCAGGAAUGGUGCUGGGUAUUAUCCACCAGGAGUGCUGAUUAUUGGUCCCGGUAUCAUUGACAUGGCAUUUCCAGUGUAGCGUGUACCACACACGGGCUUUUCAGCAUCACAUUGUUCCAAUGUCGUCUCCUUGGAGUAGGGGUCGAUUGUGUCGAGUGCAGUCCGGAUCUAUAAAUAAAAAUAUAAAAAUUUAUAUUUUUUUAUUAAAA